UUCCUGUUUGAUUCACAACUGCAAUACACGAGUGUUUCAGUGAAAGAGCGAUUCAAAACUUGGUUUGUUUUGUUUGGGAACAAAGGCGACCUAAACUUAGACAAUAAUUCUGAAGUUACUUGUUUAAGUUUAUCAACAGACGAGUCUUUCUUAGUUUUAACUGCUCUGUGCUAACGCUGAGUACACGCUAACGUUAGCUUAAGACAGCUAGUUUCAACGUUAGAUUCGGUAGGAAACAAGAUGCCGUCCCGUGUGGAUGAGUACGAGGUGUUGCACACUAUAGGCUCGGGUUCCUAUGGAAAAUGUCAGAAAAUAAGACGGAAAUCUGAUGGAAAAAUCCUUGUGUGGAAGGAGCUGGACUAUGGCACCAUGGCGGAGAGUGAAAAGCAGAUGCUGGUGUCGGAGGUGAACCUGCUGCGGGAGCUUAAACAUCCAAACAUUGUCAGGUACUACGACCGCAUUAUAGACCGGAGUAACACCACACUGUACAUCGUCAUGGAGUACUGCGAGGGAGGGGACCUUGCAAGUGUCAUCGCCCGAUGCAUCAAGGAAAGGCGUUAUUUGGAGGAGCAGUUCAUCCUUAGAGUCAUGGCACAGCUCACGUUAGCCCUGAAGGAGUGCCACAGGCGCAGUGACGGCAGGGCUACUGUUCUUCACCGAGACCUGAAACCAGCCAACAUUUUCCUCGAUAUCAAACAGAAUGUGAAGCUAGGAGACUUCGGCCUAGCAAGGAUCCUGAACCAUGACACCAGUUUUGCAAGAACCUUUGUUGGGACACCUUACUACAUGUCUCCAGAACAAAUAAACCGGAUGUCGUACAACGAGAAGUCAGAUAUUUGGUCUCUGGGAUGUUUGCUGUAUGAGCUCUGUGCUUUAUCCCCUCCAUUUACUGCCUACAACCAAAGAGAGUUGGCAGAGAAGAUCAGAGAGGGGAAGUACAGAAGAAUCCCGUAUCGAUACUCUGAAGAACUAAACAUCUUACUCAGCAAAAUGCUCAACCUGAAGGAUUAUCUGAGGCCGUCUGUGGAGUCCAUCCUACAAAGCAGCCUUCUUGCUGAGGCUGUCUCUGAGGAACUGAGGAGGGCACAGGCACGACUGAGGAGGAAGUCAGCAGACUCUGACUGUCCUCUUCAAAAGCAGGCUGAACCUGCGUCUGCUGCAGAACUCAGACUCAAGGAACAAGCGCUGCGGGACAGGGAGAAGGCGCUGAAGGAACGAGAAGAGAGGCUUGAAAAAAGAGAGCAGGAGCUUUGUGUCCGUGAGCGGCUGUCAAGUGAGAAGCUUGCUAGGGCAGAAAGUUUACUGAAGAAUCACAACUGUCUACUGCUGCAGAGGGACAUGGCACCAUUGUAUGGCAAGAACAUAGAUGUGGAAGAGCUCUCCCCCAGCAAGAAACGGGUCCACUUCGCAAGCGAGAGCAAAGAGAACCAGCGGCCUGAUAGCCAUCAGAGUGUGACACCCCAUGUGCUGAUUCUUAGGAGACUUCAGUUGGCAAAUCUGCGCGCUCAACAACUGAAUGAGAUGGAGAAGACCUGUCAGUUAAAGAGCAGACAGAUACUAGGCAUCCGCUGAUCAUACAGAUAUCACUGUGACAUAUGACUGUAUGUGAAAGAGUCAAUAACUGGAUGUAAAAUAAGCCUUAUUUAUAUGAUAGGUCAGUAGCUGUAACACCAAGAAAGCAAACUUGUUUCAUUGUUGCAGCUUUGUAUUCUUUAAUUUGAUGUGUGCUUCAAUGUUCUAGGCAGCUAUUGUGCUUAUGAAUGCUAUGUGCAAAUCUGAAAAUAUGCAACGUAAUUUUACUUUAUCUACUGCUUUGAAGUAGUUGACUUUAAUCCAGUGGUUCUCAACUGAUCAAUCCUCAGGAUUCAAAAUCACAACCCAAACACCAACAUUUUCAACCACUCUGAUUUAUUAAAUAUACAGCAUGGACAUUUGGAAGAAAAUGUGUGGCUGAAAAAAGAGAUGAGAGAAAACUAAAAGGUGUCAAAAGUGCAUCAUAAUUAAAACCCUAGGUGGAAUGUAUGCUUACAUUUUAUUUUGCUCCAUAUUCCUGUGUUUUGAAAUUUGGGUCAUUUUCUAAAAAUGUGGAGAAAUGAUGUGAUGAGGAAACCAGUUUGUAUUCCAAAGAAGAGAAGAGAAGCUAAAUAAGUCGCAACCUUGGGAAAACUGCAAAAAUUUGCUUUUGAUCACAGAGAAGCAGAAUAAAAUAAGAUGUUUCAGUGUAUGUCGUCUUAGGCUUCUGUACAUCAUAGACUUUUUGCCAAACAUUUUUUCCAGGAUCCUUUUUUGGGUCCCUGUCUACCAGUUGAGAACCACUGCCUUAGUCUUCAAGUAAACUAUGCAGACUGAAAGAUUAAAAAAGCCAAUUAUUGUAUUCCUGUCCAAUCUAUUUAUUCAUAGAAAUGGCAUGCAAUUAGAGUUUAUGUGAUGUGGUCUAUAAUUUGUUGUAGAGAUUAUUGUGAACC